AUGGGCUGCGCCAAAUCUAGAUUAAUCCCUCCUUCUCAAGCCAAAAUGCUCGGCUCCCAGCUAAGCUUAAAGACAGCUGACGGAAACACAAUACAAGCCCAAUAUUUCAACCAAGGCUAUAAUGUGACUUUAAUUAUUUCUCAUGGAUGCGACGAAGAUUUCAGCCAAAUCGAAGAAUGAGUAAAAAAUAAUUUAUUGCAGACGUUAAAAGCGAAUAUUUUCAUAUAUGAAUAUUCGUAUUUUAAUGAUGGAGAAACUCAGGUUUCUGAAUUUGGCUACUCAGACUGUGAGUCAGCGUUUUGGUUUGUUUAUGAAUGCUUAAGGACUUCUCGAUCCAAGAUUUUUCUAUAUGGAAGAUCUAUAGGUGUCGCUCCUAGCUGCCAUCUAGCAGAAAAAUACCCAGACGUCGGUGGCCUAAUAUUACAAGGCCCUUUAAACUAUAAUUUCAGAGGAAAUUCUGAUAAUAAAUUCACGUUUCCUAGGGAGAUGUUCCCUAGUAUUGAAAAAAUGAAAAAUAUUAGAUGCCCUAUACUGGUAAUUCACGGGAAUAAAGACGAUAGUGCUAUUAUGCCAAGUGCGAAUGAGCUGUAUAAGUCAUGUAGAAGUAGCCAAAAACAGUGGCAUUCGUUAGGAGUAGAUCAAAAUGCAAAUCCAUGCCAGGAAGAAGUAUUGGAGACUAUUAAACAUUUUAUGGAUAAGUCUAUAUAA